AUGGACCCGAUAUCUGCGGUCGGGUUUGCUUCGGCAAUUGUUCAGAUUCUAGGCGCACUUACUUCGACUAUUCAUGGCCUCUAUGAACUACAUGGGAGGUUCAGCGAUGCUGACUUUACAAUCCAUUCGCUUAUUCAGGAGCUGAGCUGUAUCCAGACAGCACUGACGAGCCUGAAGGAAUGGCAUCGGCUCAGUUCUUCCAAUGUGAUGGUAUCGGAGGAAUUCAAUGAACAGCUCGUUACAGCCAUGAGUGGCUGCCAAAUCAUCAUGGAGGUUCUGUCUGAGGAUGUGAUGACUUUGGUUCAUGGCAGUCGCAACGACGGCACAAUUGGAUUUAGGUUGCGCAUUAGAGUCAUUUGGAAAGAAGAUAUUAUGAAAGGACACCAGGAGAAACUACAUGCGCAAGUGAUGGCAUUACAGCUAUUACUUCAAGUCUGCCAGUGUCAUACAUCACAAGAGCAGGUCCGCUUGUUGAGGCAAGCGACGACUCGUCGCAUCAUGCGCAGGGUUCGCGACGACACCGAAACACUAGUGUCUGCACGGAGUCAGGCUACAUCUAGCGCGGCAAGCAUCUCGCAGAACGGCAGUUUCACAGCCAGUGACCGAGUUCUAAAUUUCAACGAUGCCCUCGCAGGUUUGCCGGUAUAUCGCAGGUCACUCCAGCAACUCGUACCGUCAAUCGGGGCCUUUAGUAGCCAGACCGACACCAAUAAUGGUCCAAGUCUAUUCACAGACGAAGGUUAUGCAGACACCCCUACGCGCAAUAGCAGCGUUACAAGGCCGUCAUCUGAUGCUGCUCCACCCCGCCAACAUCAUCUCCUCUUGCCCGCUAGUCCAUCGGUGCCGGUACAUCCAGCUCACAGGAGGGCAAAAUCUUACCAGGAUGCGCCGCGGCCAGACUUGCAAAAUAUGCCCCGGAGCAAGUCAGAUACUAAGACAUCGAAGACACUUGAGAGAUCUGCCUCUAAGCUUGAAAGGAUAUCUUCUCUACUUCGCUUGAAUACAUCUAGUCGUCUAAAUCUUGCCUCUUCGUCUUCCAAGGCCUCACCGAAAGUAGGCAAUGGCGCACCUUUCACAAGAAUGAAGCCUAUACGAGAGCAAAAUUCCCAUAUCAGCAUUAAUCUGACCGGCGCGGAUGCUGCCUCUAUUCCACAGAUUGUGAAGGCCGCCCAAGCCGGUUCCCAAGGUGAGAUAGCACAGCUCAUCGAAUAUGGCAUUAACAUUGAAGAGCGACAUAAAGCAUCAGGUCGAAAUGCAUUGCUUGUUGCUGCGCACUGCGGAAAAGAUGAUGUUGUUGAGCUUUUGAUUCGACAUCAUGCUCGACUAGAUGCGGCCGAUGGGUCUGGCUGGACUGCACUUCAUCUUGCAGCUUCGCGUGGUCAUUGCGGUGUCAUAAGCCUACUCAUGGAGGAGAGCAACAUUGCCGAAGUUCCAAACUAUCAAGACCGUACAGCACUGCGAAUUGCUGUUGACCGAAGCCAACACGAAGCCGUACAAAUGCUGCUUAUGCAUAACGCAAAGGUCAACGGUCGUGCUGAGAAUCAAAUGACUACUUUGCACGCUGCAGCAAAACAGGGUGAUGCGGAAAUUGUGUACAUGCUUGUGUCAAAAGGCGCUGAUAUCGAGGCCAAGGACGCUACCAUGAUGUCGGCAUUGCACUAUGCGUGCGAAGCAGGCCAUAUCGAAGUCAUUGCAGUGCUUCUGGCUCACAAAGCUAAUAUAGAAGCUGCCGGUCGUGAUCGCAAGACACCAUUGAUAUGUGCUGCCGAAGCAGGCCGGUCCCAGGCUGUCGAAUUCCUAUUGAAAUCCAAACAGAAGGCUUCAUCAAGUGGUACGGAUGAUACCGGGAUGACUGCCCUGCAUUGGGCUGCCUACUAUGGCCACGAAGAGACAGUGGAAAUUCUCAGUCAGAAGAAAGGAUCUCUGACUAGGAUUGAUGCAAUGGGACGAACAGCUUUGCACUUGGCCGUUAUUCAAACCCAAUUUGGUGUUGUUGAGCCAUUACUACGCAAGGGUGCCGACCUCAACAGUCAAUGUGCAACAGGUCUUACUCCGCUUCACUAUGCCUGUAUGGCAGACAGUAUCGAGAUAGCAACGCUGUUACUCUUAGAAGGUGCUGACAUUGAAGCAUCGGAAUAUCAGCACCAGCAGAGACCAUUGCAUAUCGCAGCAGCACGGAGCUCAGUACGCCUUGUGGAUCUUCUUUGUGACAAAGGAGCUUCUUUAGACUCCCGGGACAGCGUUGGAGAUCGACCGCUAAGUGUAGCAUGUCGCUGCGGACAUGUGGCUGCAGUGCGAAAGCUGUUGGAUCGAGGAUCUCCCCUCUACCAGAAGCACCAAGCUACGUCACGCAGUGACUCUCCUCUAUGCUUGGCUGCUAUGUCAGGCCAUCUACCCGUGGUCUCGCUGCUUCUAGAGCGCGGCGCAUCGGCAUCCAAAAAGGACGAGGGCGGCUGGCAGCCUUUCCGCUAUGCGGCAUAUCAUGGCCAUCUGGAUGUUCUUCAGGCGCUCUUGGCUCGCACUAGUAUACCCGACAUGGAUGUCUCAGAUAUCAUUCGCAUGCCGGAGACAGUUGCGUUUUCGCCAGAUGCCAUUAUCUCUGAGGACUGCAAGGCUCGGGUGAGAGAACUUCUCAACCAGGCUUUGGCGGACUCUGGUCUGAUGCCUCCAAGUCAUACCCCAAGUACGCCCCAGAAUGUGAAUCAGGGGAGUUAUCUACCUCAAUAUCUACACUCUCGCAAUCCACGAGACCGCGAAAACCUUUUGCCUCAAGAGCUACCUUCAACUCUAGAGCAGGGUCUGCCUAGCAGUCGUUCAACAACUCCUGACCGUGGCUAUCGGACUGAACCUCCACCGUCCAUCGACCCAUUGUGGCAUACUCGUAUGCGACCAGGUGAGCAAAUGUCACCGCCAGUAAACGGGCAAAUUGCUUCCGUUCGCAAUGGCUCUCGUGAGAUAUCUCCUAUACGUCAGCUCGAACAGGGUCCUGCCAGGAGGACUCUUAGUCGGCCUCCAGCCAGAGAAGAACCACCGGUGUCGGACACCUUCAUUCCUCGGCAAACCCCUGUCUUUCCCUCUCAAAUUCCCCAGAGGUCUUCGGAAAUACCGUCUCGCCCCUCGAGGGCUGGAGGCUCUGCCGCUAGAAAUACGCCAGUGCCGUCACAUAAUCAUAGUCAAGAGAGUCGCGUUCCUAGAACAAUUCCUCGGCAUGAAAGUGAGCCGACUCCGAGGCCCGGAGAGCCGUCUGAACGUACUCAAGAUACCGUUGGGGAUCCCUCAGACUCAGAUUCGGACUCGAUAUCUUCAGUAUACACGGCACCUGAAGGAGAUAUAAACGCUGAUGUUGUCUUGAGGAUGAAUCACCGAAGCGGGCCGUUUUAA